AUGUGCCAGAGAAAGUGCCGUGCUGUUCUUAUCCUCGUGUGUUUCGUCACUUUCGGCCAAUGUGCCUUCAAUCAUGUGGACAUAAUUCAGACCUUUGCCGUGCGACACAAGCAAAUGAGUGCCGUGAAUUUGCUGCUCUGCAAGAACGCCCAUCUCGUGGAGACGUCAAGGAGGUUGAUGGAUUCGGGCGCGCAGGUGAAGGCGCUCAGAGUGAAGGACAUCAGCAUUGAGCGGGAAAUGCAUGACACUUUCACCUGCUCAGAGUUCCGCAAGAUUAUUGUGCUGGACCUCGAGUGUGCGGCGAGUGAGAGUCUCUUGCUUGGUCUGAUGAAUCGAACACUCUUUUCGGCCUGCAAUCACUGGCUUUUGCUGGAGAAUCUGCGUUCUGUGCCGUUCAACGUCUUCGAGCAGCUUCCCAUCAGUCUCAGCACAGAAGUGACUUUGGCCACUCGAGAUCCCAAGAUGGGCUUCGGAAAUGCAUCUUCGCCAAGUGGAAUUUAUUGGCUCUAUGAUAUCUGGAGCACUGGAAUUUCCCUCGGGGGCGCUCUGAAUGUGACGUUUAUUGGAAAGUAUGAGCCACAAGUCAAUGGCGGAAAUUUUCAACUUGCCACUCACGAAACAACCCUGAUGCGCCGUCACAAUCUCCAAGGUCUCGCCCUGCGCUGCAUGCUUGUCCUUCCCACCAAACUCGAGGAGCCUUUCGAUCAGUUCUUGGCCAGCAGGAAGAAUCCAGAGGUGGAUUCGCUGCAUCGCUUCAACUAUGUUGUUCACACUUUUGUUCGGGACAUGUUCAAUUUCACGAUGCUGAUGCGCCACGCUCAGUCCUGGGGAUACAUGAAAAAUGGGACAAUUACCGAAGGCAUGAUUGGGUAUUUGGUUCGCGGUCAGGCCGAAAUAGGCGGAUCGCCAGGAUUCUUUCGAAUUGAGCGACACGAGAGGAUUGAUUACACCGUUGGAACUUGGAUUGAGAGGCCCUGCUUCAUCUUUCGCCAUCCAGACACCGCGGGUCUCGUGAGGAAUGUGUUUCUCAUUCCCUUCACCAACUACGUGUGGAUAUGCAUAUUGGUUGUGGGAUUUUUCUGCUUAAUUGUAACGAGUGAAGUAAUUUCCGUGGAGAGAAUAGUCAUUUCGUCAAAUACAGAUGGUGUUAAUGGAGCGGCUCGUCGUGGGAAUUCAUCUAGUGAAAGUGGGUGUAUUGCAUCAAAUUUCAUUUUUCGCAAUGUCAUUAAAAGUUUCGCCCAAUACUGCUCCGGAAAUAAAUCAAAACUUUGCUGUAGCACGAGUGACGACACGAGAAGAAAGCCAAACAGUUAUGACAAAUUCAAAAAGGAUAAAGCCGAUGGCGCGGAAGGGCGCGCGAAGGAAAGUGACGCUCACGCCAGUGAGGGUGGCGACCUGCUGUUUCGCACCCCCGAUCGCCUGCGGGCCUCUCGUCGUGCCACUCUGCAGAGAUUUUAUCGGCAGCCUGCGAGGGUGGAGGCCCCCAUUGACGCCCAGUUGGGCGGCAAGGCGGUGACGAUUGGCGCGAGGCCGAACAUCGCUCGGCGUGUCAGCGGAAAGGAGCACAAUGUGAUUAAAAUUCAUAACAGCCACGCGGGCAUUAUUGAAAAUUAUGAGAAGGAAAAAUCAGCGAGUCGCUCUCAUCCUGUUGCUCAGGUCCAGCGUCCCUAUUUGGCGGAAUCCUACUCGCGAAGUGUCGUUCUCUUCAUCCGCGCCAUGAGCCAACAAGGUAUUGAGGAUGCAGAAUCACCCACAAAUAUCUUCAGCGGUCGCCUCGUAAUGCAGAUUCUCGUGCUCUUUGGCUUCUUCAUCUUUCAAUUCUACUCAGCCAGCAUUGUCGCGUCGCUGCUCAUGGAGAAGCCAAAGACGAUAAAGACUAUAAGAAAUCUAAUGGAUAGUUCACUGGAAUUGGGAGUUGUGGAUAAUCCGUAUAAUCACGACUUCUUCGUGCGAACAACUGAUCAGGAUGCUCUGGAGCUCUUCAGGACCCGCAUUGAGUACAAGAAGAAGAACAACGAGAUGGUGUAUCAAUGGUUCCACGCCGCGGAUGGGCUGACGAGGACGAAGAAGGGCGGAUUUGCUUUUCACGUUGACGUGGCGUCGGCGUACAAAAUCAUCCGGGAAACGUUCACGGAGAAGGAGAUUUGUGAGCUGUCAGAGAUUCAGCUCUUCCCACCUGGGCUCAUGAUGAGCAUGGUCCAGAAGAACUCGCCGUAUCGCAAGAUGGUGACUUACGGGUUGCGCAAGGUGGUGGAAACGGGUCUGCUCUAUCGUGAGAGGCACUUUUGGCACGCUCAGCAGCCCAAAUGCACCCGCCAAAUUCACUCUGCAGACCUCAUUGUGGGACUGGAUGCCCUCACUUCUGCCUUUGCACUUCUAAUGUUUGGCAUUGGACUGAGUAUUUGUCUUCUCUGCAUUGAGCUGACUUACAAGUGCUUGCAGAGUCGCUGGCGAAGGACGUAG